AUGCUGGUAGACCCUUUGGUGCUGAAGAAGAAGCUCAAUAGGAUGGCAACAGAGCAAGGGGCCUUUGCUGUCCUCAGCAGCCUGCUGCUGUACGUCACCGAGCUCGCAGCUGGCAAUCCGCAGCUCAGCAGCAAGAGGACGAAAUGGGCAGAAGGUAAAGAAAACAAGGUGAGUUAUAACCAGCCGUGUCCAGAUCCAAACAGGGGCCAGCAUCCCACCAGAUUUCAGCUCUUGCGGUCCAGAUUUCUAAACAACAACCGUGAGCCAUACACCAAGAAAAGAAGAGAAGUCGGCAAACUGGUCAUUAAAGAGAAGCUGUGGGUGAGUAGGGCUGGUAACAAGCUGGACAGAAGCAGAGACAGGAAAGGAGAUGGAAAAGCAGCAGAGGAGGAUGCAGACACAGCGCCCAGUGAGAGGGCCAGGUGGAGCGGCGCCAGUGGGAAAAACACGGUGAAGAACAUCCUGAAGAAAUUUUUAGCUGCUGAAGAAAAAGAAGCCAAGGAGAAGUCUCCCAGCUGGAAAAAGAAGGUGCCAAACAGUGGUUUGCCAAAAAUAGUCAACAGGAGUUCAGUCCUGUCCAAACUGAAGGAGCAGUUUGAACAAAGCGCUCUCUGCUCAGCCGCAGAGGUGAAAGCAUCGCUCUUGCGCAAAGGUGAGAAAAAGACCAAAAACUUCCCGAGCAGAAAAACCAUUCGUAAGCCAGAGGUCAGAGUGCUGCGCACGGCAGCAAUGACAGCCACAGGUAUAAACAGUCCAGAGUCCCAAUAUUUAGUGUGCUCCACCGUCCCAGUGCCCAGACUCAGCAUCGCUACCAAAAUUAACCACCCUUGGAGCUGGUCGAAAAACAAUGCCGCGAAGCAGCCUUUCGGUCAUGACACACCACUGAAGGAAAAAGGGGGGUCUGACAGAGAGCCUGGUGAGAGCAAAACACCAGCAAAUGCAGCACAGGACAGGGAGGACAAAGAAGAGUUAACAGUGGCAGCCAAGGUCACGUCUGAUACAAAGGAUCAUACUGAGGCUAAAAUAGACUCCACAAAGCAAGCACCCAACUUUAACCCUAAUCUAGAUAGCUCUUCUACUACUGGUAAAAACAAAGCUCUUGCAGACUGCAUUCCUCCCUCGUCUGAACGUAGUCUAGACUGCGACAGGAAUACCACGCCAGUUGGGCCUGAUACAUCUUCACUACUGUGGGUUACCAAUGCUGUGCAACAUGUCAAGGAAGACAUCCCGCCUUCUAACUUGCCUUACUGUAGCACAGCUGAAGGAUCCCAUGAACAAAGUUCUCAGGAUACUAAUAUAGGUGAGAUUCCUGAAAUAACGAUGUAUGUAUACAGUUCAGAGGAAGCUGACACAGAGCGCUCAGAGCCAGAAAAGGAUCCUUUCUUUGCAGACCAAAAUUGUUUUCCAGAGCAGAAAGCACUGGAAAGCAUUCUGCCACUUCACUCUCCAGGAGUUCAAGCAUCUUAUGAAGUUGAGCCUCCAAUGGAGGAUCGGCAGCUAACUGUCCCAACACCAGCUUCUUGCAAAAGACCACCAAUAGUCCAAAAAGAGGCACCAGGUUUAAGAGGCAAACAUGCUGAGGAAGCCAAAGAAGGAGUGAAAUAUCACAGUGAAGACAAAAUAUCCUCUACUUCUAGCAAAAAUGAUAGUGAUGUCCCAACUAAAAAGGAAGAGGAGAAUAAAACACCCAACAGCCAAAUGCAAAAUGAAUCCAAAACCAAGCAGCUAGAGCCUCCUCAAAUACCCAGCCCACAAAAUAACUUCGGUAAUUUCAGUGCUGACAUAUCAAAUUCAGAUGUAAAUCAGACCAAACCUACAUUCUCCUCAAACAAGAGCCAGGAGCAGAAGCCUGGUGCUGCAGAAGAAGAGCACAUCUCUUCUCAGUUGGAAAAGACACAAAGUCCUUUGCCAGGUGACCUUGUGAAGCACAGCUUCUACAUCACAGAAGAAGAUUUUGGGAAGCACAAAUUAUCUUCUUCAAAUGAAAUGAUGAAUCAUGCAAACAAUCAAGCGCUGGGCAAGAGUACUUUGACUGACCUGGAGACCUGUCACAGUCAAUCCAAAUCUUUCGUUGAGCUUGAAGAGGCCACUGCAGAUGAGAUGCCCUGGCCUGAAUCUGAGGCAUGCCAGUCACCCUCAUCAAACCCUUUGCCAACACCAAUGAGUGGGAUUGCAGGACAAAGAAUCCAUCACACUCUUGGAAAUCCCCCAGCCCUUGCACCUAUUGAUCUGGUGAGACAGGGAGCUGGUGGUGUGGAAGAUAAGCAUGCCAGCCAUGGAUGUCCGAAGCACCCACUACCCUCUUCAGAUGAGUUGACAAACUGUGGAAAUGAUACUACACUGGAGAAGAAAACUGCAUGUGAUUUCAAGAACCAAGUGCUGUCCCCAAAUCAUGAAACAGAAAAUGAAAACUCUAGAGCCGAAGAGACAAAUACAUGUCAGAGCAUUGAGAAUUGUCUUUCACUUACAACCAAGAAGCCAGGAAAAGAUGAAAAUAAAACCAUGCUAGCAAGAAAACCCCUAUUACCCUUGGAGAAGAACCAAACACCAACUUCAGAUGAUACCAUGAAGCAAGUAAGUGAUAUGCUGGGAGAGAACCUGUUUCCUUCCUCAACUGAAUUGGUCUCAGACCAAAAGAAGCAUGCAAAAAGUAGUUGUAAAUUCUCCAAACAUAAAAAGGAUAAGAUCUUGUCAUCAGAUGAUGACACGAAACAUGAAAAUGGUAAGAUGGAUACAGAGAUACAAGAGAGAAAUGUCUUGCAUAAAUCUGAGGAGAUACAAGUAUCCAUACCAAGUGAUACCAUGGAUCAUGAUAAUAACUUUUCAAAUGAGGAGAAUGCUCAUAGAACUCAGACACCCCAGUUUCCGUCAUCAGAGCAUGAUGCCAACAUUCAAGGAGUGAAAAAUAAUGGGCAGAGUUUGAAAUGUCUAACACCUUCAAGAGAUUUUGUGAAACACGAAGGUGAUCUGACAGUAGAUGAAAACAUCUGCUGCAAUAAUGGGAAACACAACCCGUCCUCAUCAAAUGAACCAAUGAAACAGGCAAAUGCCAGUGCAGAGGAAAGAAACAUCAAGUCAAACUUCAAGAAUUAUUCAAUGCCAACAAGAAAUGCAUCAAGGCAGGACAAUAAGACCAGUGAUGAGGAGAAUACCCUUCCCAAUUUGAAAAAAGAACCAGUGCAGCAGAAAAAGAUUUGUGAAGGAGAAAGCAAUACUUCAUGUGAUCCUAAAAAUCAAACACCAUCACUGAAUCCAUUGGUGAAGCAAGACAAGAAAUCAUCCCCUCCAGAGACACAGAAGCAGAUGUCACCAGCAAAGCAUGAGGAAAACACUCCAGGAAGAGAUAAGCAGCAAACGAGAUGUGAAGAUUUUACAGCAUCUGAUACUAAUGCUGCAAAAAAGAAGAAAAAAAUCACAAGUUCCAAGAAGUACCGAUCAGUAUCAUCAGAAACAUUGGUUAAGCCUCAAGAAAAAAAUAUUCCAGAACAAAAACAACAAGUGCGACCUUCUGCAGGUACUAAUGCUGUUGAAGAAAAAGAUGGAGAUCCAAAUUCUGAGAAGUCAGCCUCUUCAAAGAACGUGGUGAAUUCCCAAGAAAAAAGUACUUCAGGAGACAGAAAGCAAAAGACACCAACAGCAGAGGACAUCAGGUCAACUGAAGCAAAGGCUGUAAAGGAGGAUGAUAAAAACCAUCAGUUAUCUCUUUCAAGUAAAUCAUCAAAGCCUGAGAAAAAUACUCCAGGAGGAGAAAAACAACAAACUGUAUCUGAAAGCUUUACAAAGCCUGAUGCAAGAGAUGUAAACAACAAAAGCAAAGAUCCAGGUUCUGGGAUGUGCCAGUCCCCAUCUUCAAAUUCGCUGGUGAAGCCUCAAGAAAAGAAUGCCACAGCCAAAAAGAAGCAAUCUCCACCACCACCUGAUGAAAAAACAAGGUAUAAAACUGGUAGUCCAGAAAUGAAGAGUGGACCUGAGAGAAGAGAGGAAUACCAGCUACACUCUUCAGCUCAAUCAGAGAAGCACAGCAACGAUGGCUCAGGAAAGGAAGGCCCCAUGGGUGACUUCAAGAGCUAUCAAACUCCAUUGCCAACUGAUGGCAUAAAUUGUAAAAGAAAUACUGUCUCAAAAGAGACUGGUUUGUCUAAUGCAGAGAAGUCCCCCAAAUCAUCCUCAUUUCAUGUUGCAUCAAAAGAUGAGGAAAAUCCUGCUGGAAAUAGAAAAAGACAGCCUGGAUUUAAGAAGUAUCAAGUGCUCUCAUCGAAGAAUUUGGCAAGGCAUGAGAAAGGUGUUGCUGAAAGGGAGGGGAGCUGGCAGGCAGCUGGCAAAACAAAUGAGAGAAAAGCAGAACUGGAGGACUGCUCUAAAGCAGCGUCAUUCUCAAAGGUUGAUCCGUAUGGGUUUGAAAGGCCAGACGACUUUGAUUAUGCAUCCUAUGAAGCAUUCUUUUCCAGAUAUCUAGUGGUACUCACUAGAAGAGCAAUAAAAUGGUCCAAGCUCCUAAAGGGAAAUAACAGUGUACAGAAGAGUUUAAAAGUGAAGAGAUAUAUCAGGAAAGGCAUCCCCAAUGAACACCGUGCAUUGAUCUGGAUGAUUGUGAGUGGAGCCCAAACCAACAUGGAACAAAACCCUGGAUAUUACCACAGACUGCUUGAAGAAGAGAAGAAUGACAAGCUGGUUGAAGCAAUCAAAACAGACAUGAACAGAACAUUUCCAGAUAAUGUAAAAUUCCGCAAAACUGCUGAUCCCUGUUUGCAGCAUCCACUCUACAACGUAUUGGUAGCGUAUGGGCAUCAUAAUAAAGCAGUAGGAUAUUGUCAGGGCAUGAACUUCAUAGCUGGAUAUCUGAUUCUUAUUACAAAGAAUGAAGAGGAGUCCUUUUGGUUGCUAGAUGCUCUUAUUGGAAGAAUAUUGCCUGAUUAUUACAGUCCUGCAAUGUUGGGCCUGAAAACUGAUCAGGAAGUCCUUGGAGAACUUGUGAAAAUGAAAGUGCCGGCUGUGGCAGAGCUGAUGGAAAGACAUGGAGUCAUGUGGACCCUAGUGGUAUCACGCUGGUUUAUAUGCUUGUUCAUUGACAUUCUUCCAGUAGAGACUGUGCUCCGAAUAUGGGAUUGUUUAUUCUAUGAAGGGUCAAAGAUCAUCUUCCGUGUGGCCUUAACAUUAAUUAAGCAACACCAAGCUUUUAUUUUGGAAGCCACGAAUUUCCCUGACAUUUGUGAUAAAUUUAAGCAGAUCACCAAAGGAACACUUGUAACCGAGUGUCACAGCUUCAUGCAGAAAAUAUUCACAGACCCUGGAAGCUUGUCCAUGACAACAAUCAACAAACUCCGAGAGACUUGCAGAGAGAAGUUGCUUUCUCAGGGAUAACUCACUAGAUUUAACCAGGUGGUCAGAUACUACAGCAAUUGACACAUUCCUCUAUUUGCACUGACUAAAGCACACUUUUAAGCUUUCCAUGAGUUAACUGACACUUGACCAAUUUUCCUGCCUUUCAAGUAAGUGUUGUUAACACUUUGUACUGUAUGUCAGACUUCAUAACUGGAAUUGGUGGUUCUGUUUUGUGUUUCUUGUGGGUUUUUGGCUUUUUUUUUUUUUUAAAGGAUUAAAGUGUUUUCAGAGUAGAAUGUGAUCAGUGUCAGGACACUCCUUCUAAAAAAAGCAGUCACCAUUCUUGUCUUUUCAGGGCAUUUUGUAAUGUUAAAAACCCCAGGUGUAUAAAAUUACAUAUCCUUCCUACUGUAUUAACUGUGACACCACUAUCAUUUGUAUAAAAUAAAUUUAUUUAAAUUUGUCA